GGCUGCAGCUUACAGCAACAGAGUUUAGACUGUCUUUGCUUCAUCAUCUGAAGGCAAAAUUUUCCAGAUACGGCAGACGGCUCUCAGAGUACAAUAAACAGGGAAUGAGAACUAUUUACAUGGAAAUUUCUUCCUCAUGAUGCAGCGGAGAAGCCUCGGCCGCUUGAUUUUGCCAGAUGUUCCUGGGGUUACUGUAAAAGGAAAGGAGAGGCAGAGCUAAACAAGGUUCAAGAUUUAAAAGUGCCUGCGUGAAGUCACUUUUGCUGGAAACCACAGCCCGGGAGCUUUCGUGUUAUCGUGUUUUGCUAUCAAAUACACAUUACCCUGACCUUACGAGUGGAUGAAGAUACCUCAAUUGUCUGGCUUUGCCAAUUGCUUGAUUUCGGAAUUUUAAAAAGUGAAAGGAAAGAGAAAUCCUGCUAAGAUCUGAACAUCUAAGUGGCUUAUUUUCCAGCAUCGUCAAGAGCUGCAUCAGAACUAAAUAUUCUCCCAAGGAGUGCCAUGAUAUUGAAGUCACUUUAUUAGAAACAAUUGUGUCUACAAAACGAUCAGGUGACUCGGACAUUUGCAGCCAGAGAUGACACUGAGCAUGCUUUCAUUGCGGCCCGCAGUCUUCGAGUGGGGCAUAUUGAUUGAUGAGUGACCGCCUGCCGAUAAAUUCUCUCCUCACUCUGUUUCCUGGAUUGGGCUUCUUUAAGCAAUUUGUCACUUACCUUCAGACUUACAUGUGGGAUUUUUCACAGCACUAGUUUUGGAAUCAUUGGAACUUGAUUUGAUUUCAUCAUUUAACAGAAACGAACAGGAUCCAAAUUCUUUUCUCAUCAUGGCUUUGAAUGUUGCCCCGGUCAGAGAUACAAAAUGGCUGACCUUGGAAGUCUGCAGACAGUUCCAGAGAGGAACGUGCUCCCGCUCUGAUGAGGAAUGCAAAUUUGCUCACCCCCCCAAAAGUUGCCAGGUUGAAAAUGGAAGAGUAAUUGCCUGCUUUGAUUCCCUAAAGGGCCGUUGUUCAAGAGAGAACUGCAAGUAUCUUCACCCUCCAACACAUUUAAAAACUCAACUCGAAAUUAACGGGAGGAACAAUUUGAUCCAGCAAAAAACUGCAGCAGCAAUGCUUGCCCAGCAGAUGCAAUUUAUGUUUCCAGGAACCCCACUUCAUCCAGUGCCCACUUUUCCUGUAGGUCCCGCAAUAGGGACAAAUACGGCGAUUAGCUUUGCUCCUUACUUAGCGCCGGUAACCCCUGGAGUUGGCUUAGUCCCAACGGAAAUUCUACCCACCACACCUGUUAUUGUUCCCGGAAGUCCACCUGUCACCGUCCCGGGCUCAACUGCAACUCAGAAACUUCUCAGGACUGACAAACUGGAGGUCUGCAGGGAGUUCCAGCGAGGAAACUGUGCCCGGGGAGAGACUGACUGCCGCUUUGCACACCCCGCCGACAGCACCAUGAUCGACACAAACGACAACACCGUAACCGUUUGUAUGGAUUACAUAAAGGGGCGUUGCAUGAGGGAGAAAUGCAAAUAUUUUCACCCUCCUGCACACUUGCAGGCCAAAAUCAAAGCUGCGCAGCACCAAGCCAACCAGGCCGCGGUGGCCGCCCAGGCAGCCGCGGCCGCGGCCACAGUCAUGACUCAGUCGACUGCCAAAGCAAUGAAGCGACCUCUCGAAGCAUCUGUAGACCUGGCCUUUCCUCCUGGUGCUCUUCAUCCUUUACCAAAGAGACAAGCACUUGAAAAAAGCAACGGUGCCAGCACCGUCUUUAAUCCCAGCGUCUUGCACUACCAGCAAGCUCUCACCAGUGCACAGCUGCAGCAGCACACGGCAUUCAUUCCGACAGAUAAUUCUGAAAUAAUCAGCAGAAACGGAAUGGAAUGCCAAGAAUCUGCAUUGAGAAUAACUAAACAUUGUUACUGUACAUACUAUCCUGUUUCCUCCUCAAUAGAAUUGCCACAAACUGCAUGCUAAAUAAAGAUUUAGUUCUUCUGGACAGACCACAACUCUAAGAAGCUAGUGCUGCUAUAUCAUAUAUGAGUAUUAAAUAUGGUAUGCUUAGUAUAUUCCAACCUAAGAUAGUUAACUACCUGAGACCAGCUGUGAUGUUUAAAGACAUAAAGGAUAAAGUUUACUUUUAAAGGGUUUCUAAACAUAGUUUCUGUCCUAGGAAUAUUGUCUUAUCUCCAUAACUAUAGCUGAUGCAGAAAGUCCAACCAAUUUACUCAUUUUGACUCAGAAUAUUUCAAAGUUAGCAAUAAACAAUUAGCAUUAGUUUAAAAAAAAAAAAAAAAACCUAUUCCAAGGGCAGGUUCGAUUCUAACUUCAAUUACUGUCAUUUCAUUUACCUACUGGAUCAAAGCUAUGUUUCACUUCUUGACAACACGAAUGCUGCAGCAAAGAUGAGAAGUGAAGUAAAACCGUUACCUGUCCUGCAGGUCUAAAAUUUGAAUGGAAAUUCAAGCACAAGUACUGGGGACACAUCAAAGUGUGGUAUUUGGUUUGCCUGGAGAUGCCGCAUUGAAUCAUGUGAUUCUAGAAUAACAUUAACUAGAUUGAAAAAGAAACUUUGCACGGUAUGAGCUUCAUACCCCACCAAACAAAGUCUUGAAGGUAUUAUUUUACAAGUAUAUUUUUAAAAUUGUUUUAUAAGAGAGACUUUGUAGAAGUGCCUAGAUUUUGCCAGACUUCAUCCAGCUUGACAAGAAUGAGAGGCCCAUGCCAACAGUCUAAUCAAAAGGAUUAGUCUUUCAAACUCACCAUCCGGUUGCCUGUUACAGAAUAACUCUUCUGAACUAAAAACCUAGACAAACAAGGAAGCUGUAGGUGAGGAGAUCUGUAUAAUAUUCUAAUUUAAGUAAGUUUGAGUUUAGUCACUGAAAAUUUGACUGUGACUUUAAUCUAAAUUACUAUGUAAACAAAAAGUAGAUAGUUUCACUUUUUAAAAAAUCCAUUACUGUUUUGCAUUUCAAAAGUUGGAUUAAAAGGUUGUAACUGACUACAGCAUGGAAAAAAAUAGUUCUUUUAAUUCUUUCACCUUAAAGCAUAUUUUAUGUCUCAAAAGUAUAAAAAACUUUAAUACAAGUACAUACAUAUUAUAUAUACACAUACAUAUAUAUAUACUAUAUAUGGAUGAAACAUAUUUUAAUGUUGUUUACUUUUUUAAAUACUUGGUUGAUCUUCAAGGUAAUAGCGAUACAAUUAAAUUUUGUUCAGAAAGUUUGUUUUAAAGUUUAUUUUAAGCACUAUCGUACCAAAUAUUUCAUAUUUCACAUUUUAUAUGUUGCACAUAGCCUAUACAGUACCUACAUAGUUUUUAAAUUAUUGUUUAAAAAACGAAACAGCUGUUAUGAAUUACUAUUAUGUGUAAUUGUUUAAAACAUCCAUUUUCUUUGUGAACGUAUUAGUGAUUGAAGUAUUUUGACUUUUGAGAUUGAAUGUAAAAUAUUUUAAAUUUUGGCAUCACUGCCUGUUCUGAAAACUAGAUGCACCAACCAUAUCAUUUUUGUUUGAGAAAAAAGAAAUCUGCCAUUUUAAUUAAUGUUGGUCAAAGUCUAGUGACUAUUUAUCUUAUAUCGUAGAUUUGAUAACCCUAUCAAAAAAAAAAUCACAUUCUAAGUGUAAUCUUACAUAGUGCUUGUAUUGUUGCAUUUGUUUUAAUUUGUGGGAAAGUAUUGUAUCUAACUUGUAUUUCUUUGGUAGUUUCAUCUUUAUGUAUUAUUGAUAUUUGUAAUUUUCUCAGCUAUAACAAUGUAGUUAUGCUACAACUUGCCUAAAACAUUCAAACUUAUUUUCUUUUUACUUUUUUUCUUUGUUAAUUCACUUAAACUCAUUGAAAACAUAGUAUACAUUACUAAAAGGUAAAUUAUGGGAAUCACUGAAAUAUUUUUGUAGACUAAUUAUUGUAACAUUGUCUUUUUUUUUCUUUUGUUUCAUGAUUUUGAUUUUUAAAGUUUUUAGCACACAACUAUUUUCAGCCCUUUAAUAAUGGAGCAUCAGAAACAUCACCUGUACCCCCCAAGCGAAUAUAGAAGACUGUAUUUUUACUAUGAUAUCCAUUUUCCAGAAUUGUGAUUGUAAUAUGCAAGGAGUCAUAAAUAUGCCAUUUACAAUAAGGAGGAGGCAAGGCAAAUGCAUAGAUGUACAAAUAUAUGUACAACAGAUUUUGCUUUUUAUUUAUUUAUAAUGUAAUUUUAUAGAAUAAUUCUGGGAUUUGAGAGGAUCUAAAACUAUUUUUCUGUAUAAAUAUUAUUUGCCAAAAGUUUGUUUAUAUUCAGAAGUCUGACUAUGAUGAAUAAAUCUUAAAUGCUUUGUUUAAUUACACAACAAAAUCACCAAUAUCCAAGACAUGAUGAUAGCAAUUCAACAAAUACUGUAGUUAAAAGAUGAACUCACCACUUGUAUGGGAACUACAUUUCACUCUUGGUUUUCAGGAUAUAACAGCACUUCACCUAAAUAUUCUUUGAGCCAUAUCACUGGUAACAUUUCUACUAAAUCUUUCUGUAACACUUAAAGAAUUCCCUCAUUCAUUACCUUACAGUGUAAACAGGAGUCUAAUUUGUAUCAAUUCUAUGUUUUGGUUGUAAUAUUCAGUUCACUCACCCAAUGUACAACCAAUGAAAUAAAAGAAGCAUUUAAAAGGA